AUGGGCAACACACAGUCGUUGUCAUUUGAUGACUACUUCAAUCCGAGGACAUCAUCAGGAGCUGCAUCAAGAGGUGGUGCGGACAUUGAUGAUGAAGACGAUGACGAUGAACAUUGUUCAAAUGUAGCACAUAGACAUCGACGUGGAACAAUAGAUGGCACAUCAUCAUCGUCGUCAAACACAUCAUCAUUGCCAUUGCCCUAUCAACAUAAUCCGACAAUCAUCCGUCCACUUCAUUCAUCGUCGCCAACACCCUCACUUGGCAACAGCAACAACAAUAGCAAUAAUAGUAGUGCCAAUGGAAGCCCUUCAUCACCAAACAGUCGAUCGACAAACGCAAGAAACACCGAGUUGGAGAGUAGGAAGAAGCUGUUCUCGCGACGAAUCAAUGAGGAGUUGGGCAAAGGACGUCCAAAGCUACAGAGCACCAAUCGUCAUAGGCAAACCCCUAUGACGGCCAGCGGUGAUGGUUCAGACUCUGACUCCUCCUCACUCACUCAAAGCGAUUGGAGUAACAACAACAGCGGUGGUCUAUCAGCUUCAUCACAACAAAAGAAGAAAUGGGAGAUGUUUGUUCUCAAGUCAAGGGUACUGAAGGAACUAUUGGCAACAGAGCGAGACUAUGUCAAGUACAUGCACACAAUCCUCAAUAUAUACUUCCAACCUUUGAAGGCUUUGGCAUUGGAGGCCAAGGAGGCCGAACGUCUGGCCGCAGCCAACUCUGCGACAACAUCACCAACUAACACAUCACCAACACCAACAUCGCCGGACACUGUCACACCACCUCCCCCACUAAGCGAUACGGGUGUCACUGGCAAUGUCAAUGGCAAUGGCGGUGUAGAUCAAACAACUGGAGGCGGCAACAUUGGAUUGGAGGCACAACAACAACAACAAGCCUCAAACGAAUCAUCAUUCUUGAAUAAGAGCGCAGUGUCCAUGGCAUCACCGACACCAUCACUUCCAACUCAACCAUCAAAGCGCGAACUUGAACUCCAAAAGGAGUUCAGCUUCAUCAUGGAGACACCAUUGACGCUCGACGAGGUCAAGACCGUGUUCUCACAGAUCGAGGUCAUUCACCUGUACAACAGCCAACUGCUGGCCAAGUUUGAGCAGAGGCUUGGUGGCGAGCUCAACGAGUCGAUACGCAUUGGCGACGUGUUCCUUGACAUUAUCGACUUCCUCAAGGUACCCUACAGCCACUACAUCAUCAACUUCCCCGCCAGUCUCAAGAUCCUCGAAGCGGCGUCCAAGCGACCGUCCUUCAUGUUGUUCAUUCAACAAUGCAAGGUCAAUGAGGCAGUUGCCAACAGGAACCUGCAGUCCUUUGUCAGCAUGCCCAUCCAGCGUAUACCGCGCUACGUGCUACUGCUUCGCGAGCUGCUAAAGUACACACAGGACACCGACGCCGACUAUGCCAACCUGUGCGGCGCGCUCAAGAAGAUGGAGACUAUUGCCGACCUCAUCAACAAACAGAUGCGCGAGGAUGAGCAUUCAAAAGUGGUCAUCCACAUCAGUCAGACGCUGCGACCGUCCAUCGACACACUCGUUCAGCCUCAUCGUCGACUGAUCCGUGAGGGCGAGGGCAAGAUCAUCAAUGCCGAUGGCAACAACCAUGAGGCGCAAUACGGUACGAUCAGGGCAUCGCCCUUCCCAUUCGCCCGAGCUUCCAUACGCUACUUCUAUCUGUUCAACGAUCUGUUCAUCGUCACCAAGCGCAUGAAGGAUCAUUACCGCGUGGACAAGGUGAUCAGUCUAGAGUACAGUACUAUCGUGGACACUUACAAGAAGAACCUUGCUCAGUCGACUGGCGCUGGCGGUGGGGCAGCAACACCAGAGGCACAAUGUAAUACUAGUAUCAACAACAUGGAUGGCAAUGAAGAUGGAAACAACAUUCCAACAUCCCCAACAAGUGGCGAGCGACACUUCUUCAAGCUUCAUACAUUGGAUUGCGCAAUAGUCAUAUGUCUGGGAUCAGAGACGGAGAAGAAUAAUUGGAAGAAUGACUUUAUCAAUGUGAUCAAUCAUGUGACUGACAACACAUUGUUGUUCAAUCCAAAGUGGACAAAGAACAAUUACAUUUACAAUCACAAACUGAAGCAACAACAACCAUCAUCAUCGCCACAACAUCAUGGUCCACCACAAUCAUUCAAAGGCAUCCUAUCCAUGAGUGCCAAGACACCUCCACCAACUCCACCUUCACCAAUAACAUCCACUACUCCUCCUCCUCCAGCGAACAACAACACACCCAAUCCAGAAGACAACAACACACCAUACAAACAACCAAGAAAGUUAAGCAACAAUAGCAACAAUAGUGGUAGUGGCAGUGGUAGUGUAAGCAGCAGUAUAGGUAGCAGCUUCAGUAGUAUCAUCAAUGGUAUGGUAAAUGGACGUCCUGGAUCAGGACUGUCCAGCACCGAUUCCAUCGACCUCAGCGAGGACGAAGAGUUCAAAGUGCCCAAUGUCUCAACACGAUCCAGUUCCAGCUCCGUUUCCUCCUCGACCUCAACAUCCACUGGCCUGUAA